AUGAGCUUCCGGCAAUCUUUGGCCAACUUAAUCUGCGGAGUUUCCCAGGAGGCCUCUCCUGGGGAGCUUCCUCGUUUACCAUCAAGCUUAAUUGAAGAAGACGGCCUUGCCCCAGUCAUCCCCCUACGUCGUGCCCGAACGACCGGAUCCGUCCCGAACAAUCGCCCAACCCAAAAGUUAGGGCCACCAAGACGCCAAACAUUUUCUGGGAAGAUCAGUGGUUCUAUCCAGUCUAGUCAGCUCCUGAACUCGAUCCCAUUCAUUAACUGGGGCCGAGAGAACAAUGAGAACAUGGCGACACUCAAGGAUCUCAGGAAGGCCUUUCGUGCAGAGGAAAUCGAACUGUUCAACACCAGGGACGCAAAGACCUAUACCUGGAUUCCACUUUCGUCCAUAAACCGAAUCAUCCGGGACGACAAGAAGGUUGUUAAGGCUCUCGAAGAGAAAGUUGUAAUGCACGAGAGCAUGAAGCGUUUCGUGUUUGAGCAUGCGAAGAGACUUGUUUCUCUGCUGAUCUAUCGAAAAUGCCUGCCUUUGUUGCAACUAUUCUACAAUGAACGAUUCGGCGACGAGUACUUUCCCAUCAAAUUCAUCAAGCCACGGAAUUCAAGCAACAGAUCUCGCCUAAGAUGGUCAAUUCAAUCUUGUAGAUCAAACAAAACCAUCAGUGUGUGGGCGCCCCCCGACGGAGAUAUCAGCGACGACGACGAUGACCAAGACGAGGACACCAUGAAACAACUUUGUAGGACCUAUCAGUGGUACUUCUUCGUGCCUGUGUUCGGCCCGCAAGACUCAGCUCAUGUCUUCGACACUUCAUGCCAAAUGCCAUACUUGGAAGAACUUGGUUCGAACCAAACAAACUUCAGCGUCGUCAGGCAUUUUGUUAUCCACCGCAAGCAUCUCAACUUCAGACUUGAUGACCAGAUUGGCACAAUAGUUGAUGACGAAAAAAACCCUCACAUUGCCGUGAAAGAGCUGUUGUCAGCACAGGGGCUUACGCGGGAGAAGUUCCAUGAAGUAGCCGAGAACGAAGCAACCAUCCUGACGCGUCUGAAAGACCAGGACCACCCGCACUUCAUCAGAGCAAUUGCCACCUAUACCCAAGGAAAUCGGCAUUACUUUGUAUUUCCCUGGGCCCGAGGUGGUAAUCUUCGCGAUUUCUGGACCAACCAGCCCAAUCUGAGUCUCGAAGCAGAACAUGUUGCAACUCAAGAUUGGUCUGGCUACUACAAGUGGUUUUUCAAGCAACUCCUGGGUCUUUCCAGUGCUAUAGAAGACCUGCACCAUCCCAAAAAGGACCCUCAACAAUCGUGUAGGCAUGGUGACCUGAAGCCAGAAAAUAUCUUAUGUUUCAGCGGGACCGAGAUCGGCAAGCAGUUGAUUCCAAUCGGCGUGCAUCUCGUCGUUGCCGAUGCUGGGCACGCAAAGGUACACGAAAAGGCCACGGAACUUCGCCACGAGGCGACGAGCACACCGCAGGGUACCAGAAUGUAUUCGCCCCCAGAAGCCGAGUUGAGACCCCAUGAAGCUAGAUCGAGGCGAUAUGAUAUUUGGUCUCUCGGAUGCCUCUAUCUGGAAUUUCUCAUCUGGAUGCUGUAUGGUAAUGCCACCCUCGAUUAUUUCCGUCGGGACAUUGGAUCCGGUCAGCCCUACUAUAGAAAAGAACCAGAAGUUGGGCUAAAGGACUCGGUCAAGAAAUGGAUCAAGGCUAUAGAAGAGGAUCCUCGGUGUGUUCCAAAUAGAGAGACCGCCAUAGGACGUCUGGUCAACCUGAUCGAGAACCGAAUGUUGGUUGUCAAGGCUGAGACCCGCACAGAUUCGUUCACUCAAGCCAGUGGGUCAAGAUUGGAAGCAAGACACAGCUUCUCAACGAGCAGCGACGAUACUUUCAGGGUAAUUGUCAAACAGCCAACGUGGAGACCAGGAGAAGCCGAGCGGGCAAGGGCACCAGAAGUGCUUCAGGAGAUGGAGAACAUCGUUCACGCUGCAACGAAGAAGGCUUCACUUCCGUGGAUCAAUCACCGUGGCACAGCAGAAGCUGCGAAGCGUGGACCGCCUAUCCCCAAGGCGAGUCUAAAUCCUGGUGACACCAGAGGAGCUCUUCAAGUAAGAGACUCAAACAGGUUGAUGCAGGGAACAAGCGACGUAGGUAGUCAGAAGCGUAAUCUCGUAGUUGACAGAAGGAAGUAG